UUGGCGUUGGAGGGUGAAAGAAAAUGAAUUCCUUUCCUGAUGUACCUGCGGAGAACCUCACCAGGACACUCAAUCUGUCUGAGACUUUGUCUGAGGCCAUGGCGCCUGGACUGAAUUCCACCAACAGCCCCCCUUCGAUGUCAGUAACAAGGCUUUUUCCCGCCUUGCUCGAGUGCUUUGGCAUAGUCCUUUGCGGCUACAUAGCAGGAAGGGCCCAUGUCAUAACGUCCACACAGGCCAAAGGACUAGGAAAUUUUGUCUCCAGAUUUGCACUUCCGGCUUUAUUAUUCAAAAACAUGGUUGUACUAAAGUUCUCCAAUGUGGACUGGUCUUUCCUAUACAGCAUCCUGAUUGCCAAAGCAUCUGUAUUUUUCAUUGUGUGUGUUUUGACCUUACUGGUUGCCAGUCCUGAUAGUCGAUUUAGGAAAGCCGGGCUUUUCCCUAUUUUCGCUACACAAAGUAAUGACUUUGCAUUGGGAUAUCCCAUAGUGGAAGCUUUAUAUCAAACAACAUACCCAGAAUAUCUCCAGUACAUUUAUUUGGUGGCGCCGAUAUCUCUCAUGAUGCUGAACCCUAUAGGAUUUAUCUUCUGUGAGAUCCAGAAGUGGAAAGACACUCAAAAUGCUUCUCAAAACAAAGUGAAAAUUGUGGGACUUGGACUUCUGCGCGUACUACAGAACCCUAUUGUGUUCAUGGUCUUCAUCGGAAUUGCCUUCAAUUUCAUUCUCGAUCAAAAGGUGCCGGUUUACAUGGAGAAUUUUCUGGAUGGACUGGCAAAUUCCUUUUCUGGCUCAGCCUUAUUUUAUCUUGGAGUCACAAUGGUAGGAAAGAUUAAGAAACUGAAGAAAUCUGCAUUUGUUGUACUAAUUCUUCUCAUCACCGCUAAACUCCUGGUGCUGCCACUUUUGUGCAGAGAAAUGGUGGAACUCUUGGACAAAGGCGGCAGUGUAGUGAACCAUACAAGUUUAUCAAAUUAUGCAUUUUUGUACGGUGUCUUUCCUGUCGCACCAGGAGUGGCUAUCUUCGCAACACAAUUCAACAUGGAAGUAGAGAUUAUAACCUCAGGGAUGGUAAUCAGCACGUUCGUGUCUGCUCCAAUCAUGUAUGUUUCUGCCUGGCUACUGACCUUUCCCACGAUGGACCCCAAGCCAUUGGCAUAUGCCAUCCAGAAUGUUAGUUUUGACAUAAGUAUCAUCAGCCUUGUCUCCUUGGUCUGGUCUCUGGCUGUUCUUCUUUUGAGUAAGAAGUAUAAACAGCUUCCUCAUAUGCUUACGACUAAUCUACUCAUUGCUCAGUCAAUUGUCUGUGCUGGAAUGAUGAUAUGGAACUUUGUUAAAGAAAAAAAUUUUGUUGGACAAAUUCUGGUGUUUGUUCUAUUGUACAGCUCCCUCUAUAGCACGUACCUGUGGACAGGCCUGCUGGCGAUGUCUUUGUUUCUUCUGAAGAAGCGAGAGAUGGUGCAAAUCCCCGUUGGAAUCAUCAUCAUAUCUGGCUGGGGAAUCCCUGCCCUCCUUGUUGGUGUUCUUUUGAUAACGGGCACACACAAUGGAGAUAGCAUUGACUCAGCCUUCUUUUACGGAAAAGAGCAGAUGAUUACCACAGCGGUCACCCUGUUCUGUAGCAUUCUGAUAGCCGGCGUGUCACUCAUGUGCAUGAACCGCACCACCCAAGCCGGGCGCUAUGAAGGCUUUGACCAGUCUCAGGACCACAAAACAGCAGAGCCUGGAAACACUGCUUUUGAGGAGAGCCCGGUGCCAAUAACAGAACCAGAGCUUUUUACCAGUUCCAUCACAGAGAGAACAAAAGCUCUGAUUACUAAUUGCUGCACUUGUUGUUUUGUAGAGGAUCGUUGUGUGGGUCGCUGCGUGUCCCAGAGCUGCAUAUUAGCCCAGGAAGAGGAGCAGUAUCUGCAGAGUGGGGACCAGCAGCUGACUCGACAUGUGCUGCUCUGCCUGCUUCUCAUUAUCGGCCUGUUUGCUAACCUUUCCAGUUGCUUGUGGUGGCUAUUCAACCAAGAGCCAGGAAGACUCUAUGUGGAGUUGCAGUUUUUCUGUGCUGUGUUUAACUUCGGCCAGGGAUUUAUUUCCUUUGGCAUCUUUGGAUUGGACAAACAUUUAAUCAUCCUACCUUUCAAGAGAAGGACACACAGGUGUGGUGCAAAGACUUCCACGGGGACCUUCUGUGGCUGUGACCUAGUGAACUGGCUGAUCGAAGUCGGCCUGGCGUCUGACCGCGGGGAAGCUGUGAUAUAUGGCGACAGACUGGUGCAAGGGGGAGUCAUCCAACACAUUACCAAUGAGUACGAGUUUCGGGACGAGUACUUGUUCUACAGAUUUCUCCAGAAAAGCCCUGAACAGAGUCCUCCUGCUAUUAAUGCCGCCACCCUCCAGCAGGAGCGAUAUCAAGAAAUUGAGCAUUAAUCUCCACCCUCUAAAUUUCUCCAAAGACAUAAAUGACAAAAGAAAGAGCCCCACAGGGAGGCAUGUUCCAACCCCUUCCUAUUACUGAUGUGCUGUGUGACCUUAGGCAAGUCCCAACCUCUCUGAGCCUCAUUGACCUCUUUUGUAAAAUGAAGGGAAUUGGUAAGCCAUGUUCCCACUCCACACCAACAUUCUAUAAUUUCAUGUGUACUUAAAACCUGUAAAGACCCAAUCAACGUUUAAAGUUCUGAUAAUAAACAUAAGUUCUAUAAAUAAUACUAAUCAUGCCAACAUUUUGAAAGUAUUGCUGUCUGCAACUGUUUGUUGUAAUUUCAGAAUCAACAGCCGAUUGACCAUUCCCUUCAAUUGCCAGUUUGACAAGUGUACUCCUGGCAGUAAGAGAAACUUAAAUUAUGGCAGCCUUGCACUUAUUAAUCGCACCUGCUAAAAGAGAAUUUUAGUGAUUCUAAUAGAGGCCUUCUUAUUCUUCUUGUUUUUCCCAUUUCUUUGAUAAGCGGUACACUUUAAAAAUGGAAGGACUAUUUUUGUAAAGGCUCAGUAUUUCUUGCUUUUGUGCCGAGAGUGUAAUCUGUACCAUUAUGAGGGGAGGGGGUAAAUGCCUCUAGGAAUACUGUGAUCACAACCGAAAUAGAGUCCAUUAAUUUUUGUAUCCUGAUCAUUUGAAUAGAUUUGCUUAAAUUUUGUUAACAAAAUUACUACCACUGAUGAACUAUUUCUAGUGUUUACACAGAGCAUCGAAGUACAAGAUAACCCAAUUACUUAUUCCCUAUUGUCAGGGCCAAAAUAGAUAUAUAGUUUAAGUCAAGAUUUUCAAAUUGUAAGUUUAAUAUUCUUCUAUUACUUUUAUAAUUUAGUCUUCUUUAAGUACCCAUGUAUAAAAUUAUAUAAAUUGUAAAGUUAUAAAAUGUUGGCCUCAGGUAAGUUUAUCUUCAGUGAAUUAAAGAGAAAUUGAACUACUUAAACUUUAAUUACCUCAUUUAAGUCCCAUUCACAUAACCUUUGAACCUCUAUUUAACCUACUUACCUGUCUGUGUUGGUUUUAAUUUAUGUAAAACACAUUUCCAAUAUUUGUUUAACAUAUCUCAGAUUUUUAGUGUUUUAUAUGUAAAAGCCAACUAGAAAAGAAUUGAUAAAGUUAGUGUCAUUAUCCCUUUAAUGCAAAAAUAUAUAUAAUUAAAAAGGAAACCUGCAUGGAAGCCUCAUAUAUUUAACAUGACAUUUAGUGUAUAUUAACUUAUAUACAUUUAUAAAGUAAAUGACAUUUUAGUGUAUAUUAACUUAUACAGUUUAAAAUCUGAUUGGGGGUGGGGAUGUUUUUAAGCAGAAUUGUCUUGCUGAGAAGCUUUGAAAAGCAAAACUCAAUCCUGGCCACAUUAUAGCUCUCACUGGGUCUCUGUUGUUCUGAGAUAACUCUUCCAGUUACAGCAGAACUGUUCAUUCACAUGCAUGCAGGCAACUCAAAUGCAAACGGAGAAUCUUGGUUUGUAAGCAAGUCAUAUCAUGUAUGUUCUGUGGUUUGCACUGAAGGGACCUGUCGCAUCUUUCCCCCUGGGAAAAACUAAAAGAAAGUGCUGGAUCAGAAUGCCCUGCAGUUUCAGAGACUGCGGACUUUUAGGAGAUGUUUUUAGAAUUCAGGAUAUGCUCAUUUUGUGAAAUGAAAACGUUUGUAACUAUUUCUCACCAACAACGCAAGUUUCUCAGUAAAAUGGUUAUUUUAACUUGUA